ACUCAAACUCCAAGACUGUCAGGAUGGUUCAGUUGAAGCUACACAACAUUUUAUUUCUUGUGUUUCUUUGCAAUGCAAAUGGACAGUAUGACAAUUGGAGAAGACAUCCAUGGCGUAACAGCUUAGCCAGACCACAGAACAGAAUUGAUUCUUCACCAAGGUUCAUUCUGCUGGCUCCAGAUCUGCUGAGGACAGACAGCCAGGAGAACAUCUACUUACAGGCUGAUCGUGUGUCUGACCCCAUCACCGUCUCCAUCUUGAUCCAGGACUCCACCGAGGCCACCACAUUUUUACAGGAGUCUGUCACACUGAACCAGGCAAAUGGAUUCAACAUCCUCCAUCCCAUACAGCUUUCCUCUGAUCUGCUGAAUCGCGAAGAAAAGAGGAAUCAAUUUGUGAAUCUGAAAGUGACCUUCGGGGGUUUCCACGUCGAGAGAAGACUACUGAUGGUAACCUUUCACUCUGGGUACAUCUUCAUCCAGACGGACAAACCCAUCUACAAUCCAGGAGAUACCAUUCGAUUUCGAGCCUUUGUGUCUUCUCCAGCCUUUAAGGCCUUUGAGCGCACCAUCACAAUAGACAUUGAGAAUCCAGAUGGCGUGGUGGUUAAACAGGUCUCCAGGACCAGAGCUGUUAACGGCGUAUUAUCAGAAACGUUUCCACUCUCUGAAUAUGUCAAUGAAGGAACGUGGAUUGUUACAGCAAAAUUUGACCACUGGGAGCAAAACACUUUCACUUCUCAGUUCCAGGUGAAGAAAUAUGAGCUUCCUGCCUUCAACGUUACCUUAACACCCAAGAAGUCCUUCCUUAGCCUGGAAGACAGUGAGCUGGAAGUAGAGAUCUCAGCCAGUUAUCUGUAUGGACAGCCUGUCCAGGGGACAGCCUAUGUUGUGUUUGGAGUCAAGAUCAACAAAGAGAUGAGGAGAUUACCUUCGGUGAAGGAGGUGUCCAAUCUCGAUGGAGGAAUUGUUAAACUGAGUAUGGAAGAGAUCAGAAGCGCUUACCCCAACACUAGAGAUUUGGUCGGCAACUCUGUGUACGUCAAGGCGUCUGUGCUCACCAAGACAGGAAGCGAUCUGGUUGAGGCUGAAAAAACUGGGAUUAAAAUCGUGGAAUCUCCCUACGUCUUAUUGUUCCAAAACACGCCAAAGUACUUCAAGCCAGGCCUUCCCUUUGACUUCACAAUCCAGGUGAGCCACCACGAUGGCUCCCCAGCCCAUAACGUGCGAGUUAAGCUGAACUUGCUGGACGCACCGUUGCAUGUGACCUCUGGGAACGUCAGAGCCAGCAUCAACAUGCCGAGCGAUAUUCGCCCACAAACUAUCACCGCUGAAACCAUGCAGGAUGGCCUGAGACCAGAGCAGCAGGCCAGGCAAGAGAUCACUGUUCAGCCCUACACCCCCCAAAACCGGCACCAACAAAACUACCUGCAUAUCUCCACAGGAUCCAGCACAGUGUCUUUAGGACAAACGAUUUUUGUGACGUUCACAGUCAUCCCUCAAAACGGGCCACACAGAGAAUCCAUCAAACACAUCACCUACCUGAUUCUUAGUAAAGGCAAAAUCAUCAGUGUUGGGCGCAUGGAUAUAACCAGUCAGAAACUCACCAGGAUUGGGCUGAUGGCAACACCAGAGAUGAUGCCAUCGUUUCGUGUUGUAGCGUACUACAGGCUUCCCUGGGUGGGGCAAGAGGAGGUGGUGUCAGAUUCCAUCUGGAUAGAUGUGGUGGAUUCCUGUGUUGGAGGGCUCACAGUGGGGCCAGUGGGCAACCCACCCAAUUACUACACUCCUGGGAAGACCUUUAGAUUUCAGAUCAGAGGUGAACCAGCGGCAAAGGUCAGCCUGGUGACUGUGGACAACGCCGUGUAUCUCAUCAACAAGGACAGACUCACACAAAAGAAGAUUUGGGAUGUGGUGGAGCAUGGAGACAUUGGUUGCACUCGAGGUGGAGGCCGAGAUGCCAAAAGCGUGUUUACAGAUGCAGGACUCCUUUACUCCUCCAACGCUGGCUUCCACACCCCAGACAGACGAGCCCUGCAGUGUUCAGGCAGUGCCAGAAGGAGGCGCUCUGCUGAACUGUUGAGACGUAAAGCACAGCUGGAGAGUCACUACAAGGAGAAGCUGCAGCACCGUUGCUGUAAAGAUGGCCUUCGCGAGAUCCCAAUGCCGUACUCCUGCACACGACGCUCUCUCUACAUCACUGAGGGAUGGGAGUGCAUCCGGGCUUUCCGCUUUUGCUGCGCCACUUUCAGGGACCAGCAGUUUGACACAGCGAUUACUACCACGCCCUCACCCACUACCACGCCAAGAGGUCGGUUUGAAGGGGAUAGAAUGCCUGGAAGGACUGGAAGGCCUGGAAUUACUGGACUACCUGGAUCAACCAAAGAAGAGGAAGAAGAGGGGGAGUACUUGGAUGAGGCUGAGGUAUAUUUGCGCUCCAAAUUCUACGAGUCUUGGCUUUGGAUGGAUGUUAACCUACCCAACAAGGCAGAAGGAGACGGGCUAGCCUCUUUGAACAUAGAGGAGCCCUUACCUGACAGCAUCACAGAAUGGGGAGUUCUGGCUGUCAGUGCAUCACCUCAGACAGGUUUCUGUGUUGCGGAGCCGUACAAUUUCAAAGCCUGGAAGCAAUUCUUUGUGGACCUGAAGCUGCCGCAUUCAGUGGCGAGAAAUGAGCAGGUUGAAAUAAAAGCUGUGAUCCAUAACUAUGGCUCUGAGGAACUACAUGUCAGGGUGGUGCUGAAGAAGACUGAAGGCAUGUGCAGCGUCGCUUUCAAGGACAGUCACAGACAGGAAGUGACGGUGCCGGCCGGCUCUUCAAUAGCUGUGCCUUACACCAUUGUACCACUAGUGGUGGGAAAGCAUCCCCUGGAGGUGAUAGUGCUCGCCAGAGAUGCAAUGGGUGGAGACCGUGUCCAGAAGUUCUUACGAGUUGUGCUGGAUGGAGUGCAGAAGACUGAAGUUUGGAGUGUGAUGUUGAACCCAUCUGCUGUGGGGGGAACGCAGACAGUCCGUGUCGGAAAGAUUGAACUGGAGUCAGUUGUGCCGAACUCUAAGCCUGAGACAUACAUCAACAUCAGAGGCAACGUGUUAGCAGACAGCAUCGAAAACUCCAUCAAGGACGACUCUCUGGCAUCUCUGAUCAUGAUGCCUGGCGGCUGUGUGGAGCAGAAUCUGGCCAGCAUUACUCUACCACUCAUUGCCACCCUCUACCUGGACCGAACUAACAACUGGGAGAGUGUAGGGGUGGAGCGCAGGGCUGAUGCUCUCAAGUACAUCAAGAGAGGCUAUGAGAACCAGCUGGCAUACAGAAGGAGUGACGGCUCUUACCCACCCUACCAGAGCGAAGGAGCAAGUACCUGGAUCACAGUGUACGUGGUGAAGGUGUUCUCCAUGGCUCACUCCAUCAUUGGCAUCGACAAGCAGCAAGUGUGUGACCCUCUGGUCUACCUGUUGACGAACAAACGAGAAGAAAACACAGGAGAAUAUGUAGAGAACAACCCAGUUUACACCAGUGCCAUGACGGGUGGUCUCCGUGGUGAUGACCCGGAGAUAACACUGACCGCCUUCGUCCACAUCGCACUUGCUGAGGCCAGGCAGGCAGGGAUCACCUGCGUCAUUCCUGGUUUGGACAUAAACAGCGCCAUGGCUGUGACAGCACAGUACCUGACACGUGCACUGACUACAGAAGGGAGGAGACCAUACACUGUGGCCAUCACCGCUUAUGCUCUGGCUCUUGGGGGGAUGUCUAACAGUCUUCACCAGCCGUUACUUGCAGCUGCAGCCCGAGGUGGCAGCCACUGGCCUGACAGGCUAAACCGCUUGUUCACGUUGGAGGCGACUGGCUACGCCCUGCUGGCUCUGGUUAAGAUGGGACGUAUGGAGGAAGCUGCAGCACCCUUUGAGUGGCUGAACAGCCAGCGGAGAAGAGGAGGAGGCUUCGGCUCUACUCAGCCCACCAUGGUGGUGCUUCAGGCACUGUCAGAGUACCUGAUCAAGAAACCCCCUCCCGAUGACCUCAUUCUGAAUGUGGACGUCAGGAUGGCAGGACACCUGGUGGUUCACUACCAUUUUAACUCCAGGACAGCCUACGCUGCUCGUUCGUCCAGGUUGCCUGGUAAUCUUGAUUUGGAAGUUAGUGCUCAAGGAAAUGGACAGGGAAUACUGGAGGUUGUGACCCAUUAUAACCAGCUGCAUGAGGUGGAUGAGAAAAUGCCCUGUCAGCACUUUGAGCUCAGUGUCGCUAUCGAGGAGUCCAGUGAAAAGCCUCCAGCAGAUGCAGAAAAGUCCUACCAGAUCACCAUCAAAGUGAGGGCUUUAGGAUCGAGUGAUGUCAGGAUGGUGGUUCUUGACAUCAGUUUGCCCACCGGCUUCACCCCAGAAAACUCAGACCUGGAAAUGUUGUCCAACUCAGUGGAUCGUUACAUCAAUAAUUUCCAGAUAGUAGAUAACCUGAGUGACAGAGGAUCCCUGAUCAUCCACCUGUUCAAGGUUUCUCACAAAGAGCCAGAGAUCAUAAUUUUUAGGCUUCAGCAGACCUUCAAAGUUGGCCUUCUGCAGCCAUCCUCAGUCACUGUUUAUGAGUAUUACAACCCAGACCACCGAUGCACUCGUACUUACACUCCCCGCGAGAACAAGGAGCAGCUCAGUCAGAUCUGCAGAAACAACGCCUGCCGCUGCACGCAGGGCGACUGCUGUGUCUCCAAAGCGGACAGUGAAAACUUCCCCAACAACGCCAGAGAGACGUUUGCCUGCACGAGCUUGCACCACGCUUUCCAGGUGAAGGUGCUGAAUGUCGUCCAGAGUUACUACGACAAAUACGAGAUGGAGAUCACACAAGUUAUCAAACUGGGUGUGGAGGCUGGAGUUGAGGUCGGUCAGACGAGGGUUUUCAUGUCUCAUGGAAGCUGCAGAGAUGGAGUGGACUUGAAGCAGGGCUUCCAAUACCUCAUUAUUGGACCCAAAGAGGACCAGUGGAAUAUUGAUACUGACACCAACAAGUUCAUCUACAUGUUGGGGAAGGACACCUGGGUGGAGCGCUGGCCAUCACCUGCAGAGUGCUCCAGCAAUCCCAGCCUGCAAGCUAAAUGCAAGAGUCUAAAUGAUGCUGCCAAUGAACUUUCGCUCAAUGCCUGCAGGCUGUAGAGGCGUCUGAACAGCUGCCACACACUUUUCUGCGGCAAAGAAAGGAAAUAAUUUUGCAUGCACCAAUUUAUUGUAGCCUGAGGUCCUUGUUUCAAUCUAUAGUUAGUUUUUUCUGUGAAUGGAGAACUGAGAGUCUUCCCAGUUACUGUAAGAUAGAACAAAAAUGAAGAACUGUGAACUGCAGAGAGCUGUAUGUAGUAAAAGCACAUUAACCAGUCCCCUCAUCACUAAUAUAGAUUUUUAACACAGGGCCAGAUGGGCUUUGGAUAGCUUUUUUUUUUGAUGCUGGAGAACUGGAAACUGAUGUAGUGAGUAGCAUUCUGCUCUCUAGACACUGUAUGAAUAAAGACUGUUCUCACCUCUA